AUGUUCAGUAAGUCACCAGUAAAACCUCCUUCUCAUACGGAUAUCUACAAAGCUGACAAUCAAGUAGUUAUCUGUCCACAAUUCCCUUGCAACGAUCCUUUAGCAGUGCCAAGCGAAAACGAGGACUGCUUAGUCCUCAAUGUCUACUCCCCAAGCGACGUACAAAAUACUACACUUCCUGUAAUCGUGUUUCUCCAUGGAGGCGGUUUCGGUGUUGGCUCUGGAAGUCCAGCCAUUUAUGGUCCUCAAUAUCUAGUCAGUCAUGGCGUUGUAGUCGUUUCUAUCAAUUAUAGACUCAAUGCGUAUGGUUUUCUCAAUUUAAGAAUAAAGGGAGCACCUGGUAACGCUGGCUUGAAAGACAUCAGAGCAGCAUUGAGGUGGAUACAGGAGAAUAUUAGAAGUUUUAAUGGUGACCCUGAUAAUGUUACUGUGUUAGGUCAAGGCAGCGGUGGUGUCGCUGCAUUGUAUUUAACGUUAUCAGAGUCUACUAAAGGCUUAUUCCAUAGAAUUAUUUCUGAAAGUGGUACUAUGUUUGCGCCAGAGUCUUUUGAUAUAGAUCCUUUGAAGACUGCGAGUCAGGUAGCAAAGUCUUUAGAAGUUAUCACUCUGAACCCUGAUGAACUUUUAAAUGUAUACUCAGAAACGCCUAUAGAGAAGUUAGAAGAAGCAAUUUCUAAACAGAUGAACGCCAAAACUGUAUUCGUGCCAUCGGUUGAAGAAAUAUUUGAGGAUGAAGAGCCAUUCCUAAUUGACACACCAUACAAUAUUUUGACUAGAGAAGAUAGAGAUAAGUGUUUCAAUCCCGUGCCUAUAAUUAUUGGACUGAAUACCGUCGAAGGUCUGACUAGCACCUUGGAUUACUAUACUAUAACUAGUCAAAUGGAUCGGAUUAAGCACGAAGACUUUACAGUGUUAGACCAGAGAAGUAUGGUAGUGCCAGAAGAAGAAAAGGAGGAGUUCAGAAAGACCUUAAAAGACACAUACUUCGCUGAUAUAGAUUCAGACGAGACUCUAAUAGGUGGUUUCAUAAAUUUGAACUCUGAUUUCUCUUACGUUGGUCCUAUGUCUCUUUUUAGUGAGUUGUAUUCCAACAAAUCUGGCCUACCUGUGUUUCAGUAUAUAUUUAAUUACAUAGGUAACAGGAAUUUAGGUAGGCUCCUGACAAAUAGCAGUUUGCCAGCGACCGCGAAUCAGGACGAAUUGUUCUACUUGUUCGAAUUAGAAAGACUUCCGUUGCCAAUGGACGAAGAUGACGCUAGGAUGGUGACUUUCAUGACUAUGAUGUGGACAAACUUCGCAAAAUAUGGAAUACCGACUCCCGAUCCAGACAACGGUGAAUGGCUUCCGUUCCCACAUCAUUUGGCCAUAGAUUUAGAACCUCAAUACGUUUCACCUCUUACACCAGAGAGGGCUUACUUUUGGCGCGCUUUUUACCUUAAAUAUGGCGCUGAGUUUUCAAAAGAGCGGGAAGAGUCUGCUCCUUAUGAAUAAAUCUCGCGCCAUUUAAAUACGCGGUACUUAAGUUGAACCCAUAUGGCUUCUGCUCAGAAGACUGUUUUAGAAUCUUAAUCGAGGUGCGGGAAUGGGACGAACCGUGUAACUAUAGCAACGCAGUAUGUGCGGGAAAUUGCCAUUUUGGUUCAACUUACGUAUUAUAAACAAAAUAGACAUUAUAUUUAAUUUAUUAUUAUAUUAUUGUGUACAUUGUUUUAUUUAAUAAAUGUGAUUUAA